AUGGCUACCAUUGAUAAUCUGUCCACAGAAUUUCCUAUCGUUGAACCUGAAACUUCAGGUACAGGAUUUGAUAUAAUUUCAUUGGUGUAUUGCUUCAUUGGAAUUAUAGGUAUAUUUGGCAAUGGUGUGGUCUGUUACAUUUUUCUGACAGAUAAACAUUUUAAAUCAAUUACGCACCGUUUAAUUUUGCAUCAGUCAUGUAUCGAUUUAACCAGCUCUUUGCUGUUCUUGGGAUUACGAGUGUCGAUUUUGUUAACAGGGGCUGUAGGUAUUCCAGACGGUGCGUUUGGCAACCUGAUUUGUAAGGCCUGGUAUUCGGCCACUUUAUUGUGGGGUUGUUUGAAUACAUCGUGCAUUAAUUUGUGCCUGAUAACGUUGGAAAGGUAUUUUGGCGUGUGUCAUCCAAUAUUACAUCACAGAAGAGGAACUAUAAGAUUGGUAACCAUCGCAAUGAUAAUGGCUUGGGUAGUAGGGUAUUUGUCAGAGGCGUGCUGGGGCUGGAUGACUCACUGGAAUGAAAAUGGGGCUUGUUUGUUUGCUUGGAUAAACGAUGCACAUAGAAUAUAUAUGGGCAUCGAAUUAUUUUUUAUCGAGUUUGUUAUCCCACUCACGAUAAUCGUAUAUUGCUAUAUUAAGAUAUGGCAAGCAGUGAAAGUGGCACCCAUGACUACCAAUACACUAGGUGUUGCGAGAAGCAAAGUCAAUGGACGUGUCAGAUGGAAUAUUAUCAGAAUGUUAUUUGUUGUGGCGGUUGUGUAUUUCAUUUGUUGGAUACCAAACGUAUUUGGUGUAAGCUUGUGGUUUCUGACUUUCAACCAGUAUUGGGUUGUCCAGGGUCCACUGCAUGAGUUCACAGUCACCAUGGCGUUUAUCAAUAUGUGCGUCAAUCCGAUCAUAUAUGCGGCCAAAUAUGAUGAAUUCCAAAGAGCUUGUCUUGAGAAGCUCUGCUGCAAGAAAGCGGGCCAGGUUCAAGAGAUUAGUACCGUACAGUCGGCUAUGAGUGAUAUAGACUCACACGCAAUAUAG